UAUAUAAACGUAAUUUGAAUUUUGGCCAAUCGUUUUUAAUAUCACUAAACCAAUCUAAAAAUGUAUGCGUGUACUAUGUGCGGUUUGGGAAAGCUGGAGCUGGACAGCAAUCCGGAGUUUGAGUUUCGCAGCCGACGACAUCAGGAGGACGAGCCGUACAUCGAGGGUAUAUCUGACUGGUGUCCGAAGUGUGACGCUUUGCGGUUUUUCUUUAAGUCCAAUGAUAGCAAGAAGCCGGCAGAGAGUGUGGAGGAGCAGCCAAGCCACAAUGUGAUGAGCGACAUGCUCGACGUGACGACCAAGGGUUGGCACAAUGGGUGGGGCAGCGGCUCGAAAUCCAAAAUAGAUUCUCCGAAAAUGAAUACGCUACGCAAUUGGAAGACGCAGCACGACCUGCGCCAAGAAGCACGCAAAGUAAUCAGAGAGGAGCUAUUGGCUGGCCUGCCAGCUAAGAUGCUGCGCGGCUCCUUUUGGGAUCAUUCGAGGUCGCACAGCGAGGAUCGGGACAAGCGACAUCAUCGUCAUCAUCAUCAUGCUUCCGAGCAUCGGUCUAGGUCAGCUGUCAAUGAGCCGCAUUAUAGGAAGCACCGUGGGGAACAUAGCAGCCACUCAUCCAGGCGAAAUUACAAGAAGUCUAACGAGGAAAGCGAGCAGCGUAAUGGUCACCUGGACCAUGAUUAUGGACAAGAGGACAUCGAUGAUCCGCGUGCACCGAUUCCCUUCAAAUGUAAGCGCAAAAUUGACAAACUAUACGAACUGGAUAUGCUUAAUCCCUGGCAGGAAGAGGUGCAGCGGCGCACAGCUCAACUGCGAGCCAACCAAACCAAAAAGGAGGAAAAGGCAGCCCGACGCGAAUUGCACCAAAGCCUGCCCAAAACGCUGGAUUACGAAAAGAAGCCAAUUUUCAAUGUCGCAACUGGCGCCGUCAAGAGACUGACCGUGGAGGAAGUGGCUAGGGAUAUCAAAAAAAUUGAGGAGGAAGAAUUGGAUGACCAACUACUCAACAAGCUUUACGAAAAGAAGCAUUUGGUUGGUGAGUGGGAGCUCAUACGCCGCCGCGUUGAGGAUGAAUGCGAGCGCGUCAAAGCGGAGCUGGCCGAGCUCAAGAAUCUGCGAGACAUGGAAAUUAAAACUGAUCUCGACCGACAGCGUGGUGGUGCACAGUUCGUAACAUAUAGCGAACCGGUCGAUGCCCACUCGACUACGGACAAGGAGAAGACUAUCGGGGAUGCGUUAGAUGAAAAGCUGGAGCUUAUGCUAUACACGUUGCAGGAGAAUGCACAGUCAGAAGGUGCACAGCAUUAUGAGCCAGAGAAGGAGAAAUCAUUAAGAAUUGAGCCAACAGCACCGCCGAAGGACAGUGAACUGAGCUCUGAACUGACCGAGAUACCUUCGGUCACGCCUGUGGUUGAAAGCCCGGCUGAAAUCGAUGUGAAGAUUGAAGAAUCGCUGAAGCAGAGCGAGGCGCGCCCCUUGAAGCCCAAGCGAUUGUUGAGCAAACUGCAUAUGCUGGUGUCCACAGUGCAGCGUGCACGAUUCCGUGGAUUUCCCGAGGAUCCACAAAAGUUGUUGCAGAGCUUAACCACAGCUGAUCUUAUGAAACAUCGCGAUCCGCCGCCGGCACAGUUCUCCACGCUGCCAUGCAGCCCCAACGAGCUAAUCAGUUUGCUGUCCAUUAAGCGCGAGGUGCUGCAGCCGCACAUGACACGCCCCCUGAAAGUGUGUCGCUCGCCCAUUUUCUGUCCCGAUGCCGAUUGCAGGCGCAUGUUUUUCAUCUCGGACUUCAACGAUCACCUGACCCACGAGCACCCAGCCCUGCCCAUGGAGCGCAUCUCGCCCUGCAAGGCCAAGACCUUCUUUCUGGACACGCGCGUCACGAUGCUGAACAAGGCCAAAUGCAACAUGGUCUACUUUGUUAAGGACAAGUUCUUUGAUAAGAACACCGAAAAGUAUCCUGACUUGUUGCCAGUGCUCGUAAUGUCCGCACGACUGCAGUCAACUGAAUUCUUCAGAUCGAAAGACUCGGAGCCGCUUUCCUGCUGCACGGGCAGCGCACCCGAUCAGGAAAUCUUUCUCUUGUGGCUGACCAGCAUUCGGCCCGACGACAUCAAAAUUGUGGGCACCAUAUCCGUGUGGCCCACCAGAAGCCGACCCAUCAUUGAGUACUUGAUGGUGCAAACCAACGAGGUCUAUAACAUCCGAUCCGUUCAAAAGCUAAAGGCCAUCUAUAAUAGCAAUCGUGUUAUGGCAGUGCCAGGCAACAUAGUUAACCGGAUGACUAAUAAUGGCGAAUACCUUUUAGCCGUACAAGUGUUAAUUCACUAGAUUAGAUAUUAGAUUGUGAACAAAUUUUAUUGAAGUGAAUUUUAAAUAAAAAUUUUGG